AAAGCAGCCCUGGAGCGUCAGGUCAUUUUCAAACCGGGUUUUCGUAAUGCUUUAGACAAAAAUUCGAAAUUCUGUUAUAGUUAAUUGACGCGAUCACUCAGAACUCUAAUACGCGAGUUGUUGUCGCAAUGGGUCCCCAACCGGAGCAAACUCAGAUGCACUUCAGUCCCAAGGUGGACUACAUCCUCAUCCUGGACAAGUUGCGCGAGGACUUCAACAAGAAGUUCGCCACCAACACGCCGUCGCCCAGUACGGGACUGGAUGACUACGAGAUUAAGGCGACCCUCGGAUCCGGAUCCUUCGGCAAGGUGCAGUUGGUGAGGGAGCGCGAGUCCGGCAUCUAUUACGCCUCCAAGCAGCUCAGCAAGGAUCAGAUCGUGAAGACCAAACAGGUGAGCCACGUGAUGAGCGAGAAGAACGUGCUGCGAUCGAUGACAUUCCCGAACACGGUCAACCUGAUAGCCUCCUACAAGGACUUUGACAGCCUCUACCUCGUCCUGCCUCUAAUUGGUGGCGGAGAGCUCUUCACCUACCACCGAAAAGUGCGAAAGUUUACGGAAAAACAGGCCCGCUUCUAUGCUGCCCAGGUGUUUUUGGCUCUGGAGUAUCUGCAUCAUUGCAGCUUGCUCUAUAGAGACCUCAAACCGGAGAACAUAAUGAUGGAUAAGAACGGAUACUUGAAAGUGACAGAUUUCGGAUUUGCCAAGAAAGUGGAAACCCGUACAAUGACUUUGUGCGGAACGCCGGAGUACCUGCCGCCGGAGAUUAUCCAAUCGAAGCCCUACGGAACCAGCGUGGACUGGUGGGCUUUUGGGGUACUGGUCUUUGAAUUCGUCGCUGGACACUCGCCCUUCUCAGCCCACAAUCGCGAUGUGAUGAGCAUGUACAACAAGAUCUGUGAGGCGGACUAUAAGAUGCCCAGUUACUUCAGUGGAGCCCUGCGUCAUUUGGUGGACCAUUUGCUGCAGGUGGAUCUCUCCAAGCGUUUUGGCAACCUGAUCAACGGCAAUCGGGACAUAAAGGAGCACGAGUGGUUCAAGGAUGUGGAGUGGAUCCCCCUCCUCAAUCAGACAGUUAACGCGCCCUAUGUGCCCAACAUCAGCAAUCCCGAGGAUAUAUCCAACUUCGAUAAGGUCUCUGAUAAACCGCGGCCCAAGGCGAAAACCAUGCGACACGAGGAAGCCUUCGCGGACUUUUAAGAUAGAUUUGUGCUUGUGAUAGACCCCUUGACUCUACGACAUCUGCUGCUCAAAUGUGUGAUGUCAACGGCUCUGAAUUUCCAGAGGGGGAGUGCUUUUCCUUUGGAGAUUUUCUCGGAAAACAGCUGGGCCUGCUGACUCGGUGAUUUCCCACACUUGUUGCGCUGGUUUCCCCAAUUCUCAAUUCGACAAACUUGACUUGUAAUUAGACUUGAGGCAGUGCCAUAAAUCUUGUGCGUUUGUCGCUGCUGCAAGUGGAUGGAUGGAUUUAUGGCCACUCUGUUUACUUAUCUCUAUGUGGGUGUAGCUUUCGCUGAAAGAGUUCGCCUCCGAGUUUGGGUUUGCACGAAAUUAUGUUAAACAAUAUUUAAACGAGCUCUCUCGCCGGCGGACCAGAGUCAUAAAUCUUUUAUACCUUUUACUGCUCUUCUGCAUAUCGGGCCACAUUGAUUUAUAUGCAAAGACUUAAUAAAAAUAGAGCA